AUGAAGCUCGCCAUUGCUCUAGUCGCCCUAUUGUCAACCGUGUGCAUUAAUGCACAUGCUCCAUGUUAUGGUAAGGGUUGUGGAUAUAGAAACAUUGGCUAUGAUGUCGGACAUGUCGGCUAUGGUUUAGGAUAUGGCGGCGUUGGAUUAGGAUAUGGCGGCGUUGGUUUAGGAUAUGGCGGUGUUGGGUUAGGAUAUGGCGGGUAUGGGUUAGGAUAUGGCGGAGUUGGAUUAGGAUAUGGUGGUGUUGGAUUAGGAUAUGGCGGGAUUGGAUUAGGAUAUGGCGGAGUUGGUGGAUUAAAUUUAGGAUAUAUUGGAGGAAAUAGUGCACUAGGUUUGGGAUAUGGUGGUAACUACGUCGGAUAUGGUGGCAGAUCUAUUGUGGGUGGCGGAUACCAUGCAAAGAAAGGAGAUUAUUGA